AUGGAACAUACAAUAUCUGAUGAUGGUACAUCCAUCAGGAAACCAUCUGAAGAUAACAUCAGGAUGACUCGUUCAAAGUCGAAAUCACCCGACAGGAAUAAUCCAACCAUGUUAGAAAGUAUACCCUCUCAACCUCUAGUACGUAAUAUUGAAGAGUACCGACUAUCACCUGCAGCCAUUAAUCGUACCCCAAAGUCAUCAACCUCAACCAUUGUGGACGCUGCUGCACUUGAUAUGGAUGUCGACUUGAUUGCUGAAAACGUCACUGACAUGGACGGUGGUGCAGAUAUUAGCGACGGAGGCCCUCCAGACGCUGAAAGUACUCAUAGUGAUAAUGACAUUGCUGAACAUCUCGACGCAACAGAAAAUGAAGCUCCUGCCCCUGUCUCUGAUGGAGGGCCGCCAUCGGAGAAAGAUGAGAGCGAGAUUGGAAGUACACAAACUCCUCUACUGAAUCCUGCUAAAUUUGACCAUCAAGAUGAUGUCAUAAGUGUAGAUGAUCUGAAAAUGGACUCCAAUAUGCAAGAUUCAACCAUCUUUGAUUCAGAUUCUGCCCUCUCGUCAGUCUCGUCGGAAUUGACCGAUCUGUCUGACGGUGAGAUGUCAGAUGCUCGCAUAGUAUCAUCCCAACCCACCAAAAAACGUCGUAUGCCCAAAGGAGACGCCAGUCAGACUUCCAAAAGAGCUCGACUGAAGGAUGGCCGAUCUUAUGCUACAUCAAGUACUCCUGAGUCAGACUACUUGAAACCUAAUAAACAGUCGAAACGGCAUGGAAAACGACCUGAUGCGCCGCAUGAUGCAGAUGAUACUGAAGACGAUGGUCGUGGUGCAGCUUCAGGAAAUGAAGAGAAAAGAAGAGCUGGUAGGCCGAAAAGAGAUCCCAAGGUCAAGACUGAUAACUUGUCUAUAUCGUACGCAACCAUAAUGGGCGGUGUCCGUCUUCCCCAUAAUAUGAUAAAGAACCCAUUGCCAACUCGUCCACCAGCAGUUGCUGCAGACCCUACAGAUGACAUUUUGGAUGACAUGAAACUGAUCCUUGGUGAAGAAAAAAGGACUGGUAUCUCUGAUAUGGACGCAAAACGAAAAACACACCGUCUCAAAUUUAUUACCCCAAAACCUAUCGAAAUUCCUGGUCACAGCAUCAAAAGCUUCCUUGCCAAUUUGGAACCGCCAUCGCCUACCAGGUUUGCUGGGGAUAUGGAGAGUCUUCGCGCUACUGGUGACAGUGAUAAUCAUUGCUCAUCAUGUCUGCUUGGUGGUUAUCUUGUAUGUUGUGAUUCGUGCCCAAGAGUCUUUCAUGUUGGAUGCAUGAAUCCCCCCUUUGUCAAAGCUCCAGAAGGCUCUUGGGAAUGUGCGGUCUGCCGACCUCGCCAGGCUCAACCUCUACCUGUCGAGACUGAGACCUUCUCUUUGAUGUGGAAACCUCUGCUUGAUGACAUGGACAAGACUAAUCCAAAGGUCUUUGAACUGCCUCGACAUAUUCGUGAAAUAUUCGAGGGGGUUCUGACUCAUCCACACUCUGGCGCGUAUCUGGAUGCUACCGAACGCGAAAUCAUGGAAGAAGAUGGAAAAAUGCGUCGUAAAGAAAAACGACAACGAAUGCUGGGCGGAGAUAAGGAUAAGAAGGAUGGUAUAGAACCAGAAAGCCAAGCUUGCUAUAAAUGUGGUAAAACAGAUAUGAAGCUAACGAGCACUCAAUUUCUGUCGUCUCGAUCCGCUACGUUUACUCGACUGUCAAAUGAUUCUGGUGAACCCAUGUUGAUCAAUGAUUGUGUCCGAUCCAACAUGAUAAAAUGUGACUUUUGUGACUUGUGUUGGCACUAUGAUUGUUUGGAUCCACCACUAGCUGACGUCCCACCACGAAACCUAGAGAAGAUUGAUCUCAACCUUAUACGUGAUUUGCGAAAGACCAGUUGGGGUCAGGAUGCUCUGCGUGACUGGGAAUGGAGUGAAUUUGUCGAUGCAGGACGUCCGAAACGUCGUAAUGCUGACUUGCUACCCGAUAUAAACCAUGGUAGUGCUCUCAAUCAUAUAAAAGACGCAGAGUCUGGUGAUGAAAGGAUAGGAAGGUCUUCUCCAGCCCCUAAUUUUAGUCUUGGUCUUGUAUUUAUACGUAGAAAGUGGAUGUGCCCAUGCCAUGUCGAAUGGGUUAGGCCCAAGAGAAGAAAGAAAAAGACUUGGGGUUGGAUUGAGGUAGAAGAAGGAAUCGAACGACCUCCGAUGCUUGCACCUGCUACGGUGUCUGUAGCUGAAGGAAUGACUCUAGACAAUGUAUUUACCAUCACAAGUCGUAAUCCUGAUAUGGCUACUGAAUUGAAUGAUUUGAAGGAUCCAUUGAUUGAAGGACUAGUCAGUCCUCACAUAUUACGAUCCGAAGAUAAACGCCAGUCACGACUGGAAACGCCAAGUCCAGAGAGGUCUUCGAGAUCCACCCGAUCUGGCAUUAAAACUGUAAAUGGUGGAGGUGCAGCAUCAGCUUACCCAGUUGUAAUCACGAUAAGUGGGUUGUCGUCAAGCUCACCGUCACCUAACAAAGCCCCUCCGCAUAAUAUUCCACCAAACGAUAGUGCUCCUGAUAGUAAACGACGCCGUGAAAGUCAUUCACGAGAGAGUCCUGUUGUCGCUGCUCCAGUUAUUAUAGAUAGGACUCAUACUAGCACUUACGCGAAACGUGAUAUACGUCGCCGUACACCUGACUCUAAGAAUGAUGGCUUUGCAGAGAUUCUCUCUGAUGAUGAAGACGUCGAAAUGGUUGUAAACAAGCCAGAACCUGCACCAAAACAUAGUAUACUCAAGGAUAUAAAAGAGUCGCUCAAAGUUCCAAAGGAGUUGAAAAUCAAAAUCGAUAUUGAUGCCGAGAUGGAGAUACGAGGUGUGAAGCAUCUCAUUCCUGUAAAACGUGUCAAGUUGGACUUUGUAGAAAAGUGCCGUUCUCUUCGAGCUUUGGUUGUGGGAGAUGUUGGCAAGCCGGAAGAAUUGAGGGAUGAAACAGAUCGAGAAUUGGUACAACGUGUCGCAUCCAAGCUUCCUCCAGUAGGAGAGAACUACUGGUCGGCUCCACAACUAGAUGAACUAUAUACGAGUACACAGGAGGACUUGCUGGUGGACUCUGCCGUAACGUAUUUGUCUCAAAGCUCCACGACACUAUCUUUCACACAUAGUCGGUAUGCCGUACGUGAUGAUAUAGAAACCUGGUUGGAUUCAAUAUCGAGGUUUGAAAACGACGUUGCUUAUCAUUUGCAGAGGAGACACUUGGCGAGCUCUUUAUAG